AAAGCGCCUAAACAGACGCCUUCGUGCGAUUUCGGAUGCCAAAGUUCCCACAACCUCGAUUUACGCUCUUUCUGAAACUAUGGCCUCUAGACUUGCUGUCGGCAACUUGAGGGCUGCAGGUGGGACUAGGAAUGUUUUGUUCAUCGACAGUGACGUUGACCUCCCUAACUAGCUCGGCCCAGGGUGGUCGCUGCAGUACAAAAUGCAUUUCCUUCGCGUUCUAUGAGUUCCUCCAAUCCCCCACCUCCUUCCGAACGCGCCUCGGAAAUUAUUAACAAACUUCCUUCGUCACCUAACCUCAUCACGAAGACUGGUACCGCUCUUCUUGGAACCGGUUUGGCUGCUGCUGCAAUCUCUCAGGAGCUGUAUGUGGUGAAUGAGGAAACUAUCGUUCUCAUUGGCUCUGCUAUGUUCCUUGCUUUCAUGGCCAAGGCUCUCCGUGAACCCUACGCCAACUGGGCCGAAAGUCAGGUACAAAAAAUCAAAGGUGUUUUGGAUACAGCUCGGGCAGAGCAUACUCAAGCUGUCAAAGACCGUAUCGACUCUGUUGGCCAAAUGAAGGAUGUUGUUGCCCUCACCCAAAGCCUUUUUGCUCUUUCCAAAGAAACCGCUCAGAUUGAGGCUGAGGCAUUCGUUCAAAAGCAGAAGGUGGUUAUGGCAUCUGAGCUCAAGUCUGUCCUUGACAGUUGGGUACGCUACGAGCAACAGCAGAAGGAGAGUGAGCAGGCGGAUCUCACCAAAUCUGUCAUUGACAAGGUCCUGGCCAACUUAAAGGACGAGAAGACACAGCGGGAUCUCCUUUUAUCGGCGGUCGCAGAGGUUGAGCAGAUGGUCAAGAACAAGGCUGUAUAAUCGUUCAGAAACUAGAUACAUACGACUGCGAAUUCAAUCGUCUUUCCAUCUUUACCUCCUGAAGUCCUCGUGCUCUUCAGAUUAUGCUUUCCCGGUCAACGUCCAGCCCGCCGUGUCGGAUCUCAUUCUAAUCUCUCUGGUCUGAGCAAAUGCCCUUCUCUGUUAAGUUGAGUUGUUUCUGCGACGCUUAUGCAAAAUUGGCCUACUUUCAAUACUACAUGCAUCACAAGCCAUCAUAUGGCUAAGCCUCUGUCAGUAUAGUCAUCUGUUUCAGUACGUCGUACAUGUCAUCUUUGGCUUUGGGCCCUUUUGUUACAUCCAUCUUCACGUUGAGGGCUUCCCUUCUAGUGGAAAGGACGCAGUCAUAACGUGCAUUGAGCUUAAUCUCCAUGUACAUAUCUCUUUAACGAGUCCUUGAGGCCCAU